AUGUCUACCAGCCGCCCUAAGACUUAUUUGGGCUCCGUGAGCACCAAGAAAGAUGAGCAGCCCGCUCCAGCCAGUCAACUCCUACCAAGCAACAAGGAGGAGCAGGCUGCUACCGCUUUCAUGGGCCAGUUGAAUGCCAUUCGUAUGGUCCUCGCCAAUUUACCAGCAGCGAUAUUGGCAAAUCAAUUUUUGAACAAUCUGGACUUCGUUCCAGUCCCAGAUUGA